AGCCAACCAGCGCGCGGGGGGCGGGGACCCGCAGGGACGCAGCCGCCGCCAGCCCGCAGCCGCCGGGUACCGCGGUUCGGCUCGGCGCGGCUCGGCUCGGCGCGGCGCGGCCCCAUGCCGGCGUCCCCCGCCCGCGGCUGAGCGCGGCCACCCGCUGAGCCGGGCACAGGACACUCCUCCUGUGGCUCCACUCCCCGUUAGCAGCACCCACCUCCGGCCGGCAAGAUGGCGGGAGCGUCCGUGAAGGUGGCGGUGAGAGUGCGGCCGUUCAACUCCCGGGAAAUGAGCCGGGAAUCCAAAUGCAUUAUCCAGAUGUCAGGAAGCACCACAACUAUCCUGAAUCCAAAGCAGCCCAAAGAGACACCAAAAAGCUUCAGCUUUGACUAUUCCUACUGGUCCCAUACCACGCCCGCAGACAUCAAUUAUGCAUCUCAGAAGCAGGUGUACCGCGACAUUGGCGAGGAGAUGUUGCAACAUGCCUUUGAAGGCUAUAAUGUCUGCAUCUUUGCCUAUGGGCAGACAGGUGCUGGAAAAUCCUACACCAUGAUGGGGAAGCAAGAGAAGGACCAGCAAGGCAUUAUUCCACAGCUCUGCGAGGACCUCUUCUCCCGAAUCAAUGACACGACGAAUGACAACAUGUCCUAUUCCGUGGAGGUGAGCUACAUGGAGAUAUACUGUGAGCGUGUGAGGGACCUCCUGAACCCCAAGAACAAAGGCAACCUGCGGGUGAGGGAGCACCCCCUUAUGGGCCCAUAUGUUGAAGACCUCUCCAAGCUGGCUGUGACCUCCUACAAUGACAUCCAGGACCUCAUGGACUCUGGCAAUAAGGCCCGCACAGUGGCUGCCACCAACAUGAAUGAAACCAGCAGCCGCUCCCAUGCCGUGUUCAACAUAAUCUUCACUCAGAAACGGCAUGACGCUGAAACGGACAUCACCACCGAGAAGGUCAGCAAAAUCAGCCUGGUGGAUCUGGCGGGGAGUGAGCGAGCUGACUCCACUGGUGCAAAGGGCACAAGACUAAAGGAAGGAGCAAACAUCAACAAGUCCUUGACCACGCUGGGGAAAGUCAUCUCUGCUCUGGCUGAAAUGGAUUCGGGGCCAAAUAAGAACAAAAAGAAGAAGAAGACAGAUUUCAUCCCGUACCGGGACUCUGUGCUGACCUGGCUGCUCCGGGAGAACCUGGGGGGCAACUCCAGGACUGCGAUGGUCGCUGCUCUCAGUCCUGCCGAUAUCAACUAUGAUGAGACCCUCAGCACUUUAAGGUACGCUGACCGUGCCAAGCAGAUCCGAUGCAAUGCUGUCAUCAAUGAGGACCCGAACAACAAGCUCAUCCGGGAGCUGAAGGAUGAGGUGGCACGCCUGCGUGACCUGCUGUAUGCCCAGGGUCUCGGGGACAUCAUUGACACCAACCCUGCUGCAGGAGGAUCCAAAUAUGUGUCCGACUUUGAGAACAAUAACGGUAACCCUAGAGUGGCUGAACUGAGUCAACGCCAUGACAAUCUCUCCACAGUGACCAAUGCCAUUGCCGGGAUCAGCCCCUCUUCCUCCCUGUCAGCCCUGUCCAGCCGAGCUGCCUCUGUCGCCAGCCUCCACGAGCGCAUCAUGUUUGCUCCAGGCAGCGAAGAGGCUAUCGAAAGGCUCAAGGAAACGGAGAAGAUCAUUGCUGAGCUGAAUGAGACUUGGGAGGAGAAGCUGCGGAGGACAGAAGCCAUCCGGAUGGAGAGGGAAGCAUUGCUGGCCGAAAUGGGGGUGGCCAUGAGGGAGGACGGAGGCACCUUGGGUGUUUUCUCUCCUAAAAAGACGCCCCACUUGGUCAACCUGAAUGAGGACCCGCUCAUGUCUGAGUGCCUUCUCUACUAUAUCAAGGAUGGGAUAACAAGGGUUGGCCGGGAAGAUGCAGAGAAGAGACAGGACAUUGUUCUCAGCGGACACUUCAUUAAAGAAGAGCACUGCCUUUUCCGCAGCGAUACAAGGACCAGCGGUGAAGUAAUAGUGACCUUAGAGCCUUGUGAAGGCGCUGACACCUAUGUGAAUGGCAAAAAAGUGACGGAGCCCAGCAUCCUGCGAUCAGGAAACCGCAUCAUCAUGGGGAAGAGCCAUGUGUUCCGGUUCAAUCACCCUGAACAGGCCCGACAAGAGCGGGAGCGGACCCCAUGUGCAGAGACCCCCGCAGAGCCCGUGGACUGGGCCUUUGCGCAAAGAGAACUGCUGGAGAAACAGGGCAUCGACAUGAAGCAGGAGAUGGAGCAGAGGCUUCAGGAACUGGAGGACCAAUACCGGAGGGAGAGAGAAGAGGCGAAUUACCUUCUUGAGCAGCAGAGGCUGGACUAUGAGAGUAAACUGGAAGCUUUACAAAAGCAAAUGGACUCUAGGUAUUAUCCUGAGGCCAAUGAGGAAGAAGAAGAACCUGAAGAUGAAGUGCAGUGGACUGAGCGGGAGUUUGAGCUGGCCCUCUGGGCCUUCAGGAAAUGGAAGUGGUACCAGUUCACCUCGCUCCGUGACCUGCUCUGGGGCAAUGCCAUUUUCUUAAAAGAAGCCAAUGCCAUCAGUGUGGAGCUAAAGAAAAAAGUCCAGUUCCAGUUUGUGCUCCUCACAGACACACUGUAUUCACCUCUCCCUCCUGACCUCCUGCCUCCUGAUGCUGCCAAGGACCGGGAGAAGCGGCCAUUCCCCCGUACCAUUGUGGCCGUAGAGGUGCAGGACCAGAAGAAUGGAGCAACACAUUACUGGACCCUGGAAAAGCUCAGGCAGCGCCUGGACCUGAUGCGUGAAAUGUAUGACCGUGCAGCAGAAGUGCCUUCUAGCGUCAUCGAGGACUGUGACAAUGUGGUGACUGGCGGAGACCCUUUCUACGACCGCUUCCCGUGGUUCAGGCUGGUUGGCAGUUCAGAUAUCUCUGGCUGCAACAGCUCUCCUCUUUUCAACACAUGCAUGAGCGAGCGCAUGGCUGAUCUCACCCCCUCCCCCACCUUCUCGAACCCCGACUCCGACAUCACCGAGCCUGCUGACGAGCAGCACGAGGGGCAGGAGGAGGAGGAGGAGGCGGAGGACCUGGAGGAAGACAUCUUUCCGGAGUGCCCGCUGUGUGAUGGCCGGGAUCCAUUUUACGACCGCUCCCCCCUGUUCAGUUUAGUAGGAAGGGCCUUCGUGUACCUCAGCAACCUGCUCUACCCUGUGCCCCUGGUCCACCGCGUUGCCAUCGUCAGCGAGAAGGGCGAAGUGAAAGGCUUCCUGCGCGUGGCAGUCCAGGCCAUUUCAGCGGAUGAAGAAGCCCCAGAUUAUGGUUCAGGAGUGCGGCAGUCAGGGACAGCGAAAAUAUCCUUUGAUGACCAGCACUUUGAGAAGUUUCAGUCCGAGUCCUGCCCCCCAGUAGGAAUGUCUCGCUCGGGAACCUCCCAGGAGGAGCUGCGAAUUGUCGAAGGACAGGGGCAGAUCAGUGACAUGGGCCCGUCUGCAGACGAAGUCAACAACAACACGUGUGCAGUGACUCCAGAGGACCUUCUCUUGGAUAGCCCAGAGAAGUCUACAGUGGAUGGGCCUCUGGAAGCAGCUCUGGAUCACCUGAAGCUGGGCAGCAUUUUCACUUUCAGAGUCACUGUCCUCCAAGCCUCCAGCAUCUCAGCAGAAUACGCAGAUAUCUUCUGCCAGUUCAACUUCAUCCAUCGCCAUGACGAGGCCUUUUCAACAGAACCUUUGAAAAACACAGGGCGGGGGCCGCCUCUGGGUUUCUACCACGUGCAGAAUAUUGCCGUAGAGGUGACCAAGUCUUUCAUUGAAUACAUCAAGAGCCAACCAAUUGUAUUUGAAGUCUUUGGGCACUAUCAGCAGCAUCCCUUCCCACCUCUCUGCAAGGACGUCCUGAGCCCGCUGAGGCCAUCCCGGCGCCAUUUCCCCCGUGUCAUGCCGCUGUCCAAACCAGUGCCUGCAACGAAACUGAGCACUCUGACCCGUCCCAGUGCUGGGCCUUGCCAGUGCAAGUAUGAUCUGAUGGUCUUCUUUGAGAUCUGCGAGCUGGAGGCCAACGGCGACUACAUCCCUGCUGUUGUGGACCACCGUGGAGGCAUGCCAUGCCAUGGGACCUUCCUCCUCCACCAGGGUAUUCAGAGGAGAAUCACUGUCACCUUGGUGCAUGAAACAGGCAGCCUUAUCCGCUGGAAGGAAGUGCGAGAGCUAGUUGUGGGUCGGAUCCGGAACACCCCAGAAGCGGAUGAGUCUCUUAUUGACCCUAACAUCCUGUCCCUGAACAUCCUCUCAUCUGGAUACAUCCACCCCUCGCAGGAUGACCGGCAGUUUCUUGAUUCGGAUAUGCCUAGGACUUUUUACCAGUUUGAAACGGCGUGGGACAGCUCCAUGCACAACUCCUUGCUGCUCAAUCGCGUCACCCCGUACCGAGAGAAAAUCUACAUCACUCUUUCCGCAUACAUUGAGAUGGAGAACUGCACCCAGCCUGCGGUGAUCACCAAAGAUUUCUGCAUGGUUUUCUACUCCCGAGAUGCCAAGCUCCCUGCAUCCCGCUCCAUCCGCAACCUCUUUGGCAGCGGGAGCCUACGGGCCUCGGAGAGUAACCGUGUGACGGGAGUCUACGAGCUGAGCCUCUGCCGUGUGGCAGAUGCAGGCAGUCCAGGCAUGCAGAGACGGCGCCGGCGUGUGCUGGACACCUCUGUGGCCUACGUGCGGGGAGAGGAGAACCUGGCUGGCUGGCGGCCACGCAGUGACAGCCUCAUCCUUGACCAUCAGUGGGAACUGGAGAAACUCAGCCUCCUGCAAGAAGUGGAGAAGACAAGGCACUACCUGCUCCUGCGAGAGAAGCUCGAGACAACCCAGCGGUUGGGCCUGGAGAGCCUGUCCCCAUGCUCUAGCGAGGACUCUGAGUCCCGAAGCACCUCCUGCGUCUCCUCACCGCUCUCAGCCGAUGGGGCCCCGGAGAGCAGGACCUCUCCCCCCGAGACCCCCAGCGAGAGGCAGAAGGAACUGGCCGUGAAGUGCUUGCGUCUGCUCACGCACACUUUCAACAGAGAGUACAGCCACAGCCACGUCUGCAUCAGCGCCAGCGAAAGCAAGCUGUCCGAAAUGUCUGUGACCCUGAUGAGAGACCCUUCCAUGCCAGCCCUUGGUGUCACCACCCUCACCCCCUCCUCUACCUGCCCGUCACUGGUGGAAGGACGCUACAAUGCCAUGGAGGUCAGAACUCCACAGGUCUCCUCCAGGGCAGCGAGUCCUGAACUAGAGCCUGCAGUGGAAGGAGAGCAGAAGAAAUCCCCAGCCCGCCGACCUGAGGAAGAGAAGGAGCCCCAGCGUCUGUUGGUGCCCGACAUUCAGGAGAUCCGGGUCAGUCCCAUCGUCUCCAAGAAGGGCUACUUGCACUUCCUGGAGCCCCACACCAAUGGGUGGGUGAAGCGUUUCGUGGUGGUGAGGCGCCCUUACGUCUACAUCUACAACUCGGACAAGGACUCUGUUGAGAGGGCCAUCCUCAACCUGUCCAAGGCACAAGUGGAAUACAGCGAGGACCAGCAGGCCAUGCUCAAGACCCCGAACACGUUUGCAGUGUGCACGGAGCACCGGGGCAUCCUGCUGCAGGCAAGCAGCGACAAGGACAUGCACGACUGGCUCUAUGCGUUCAACCCUCUCCUGGCUGGAUCCAUAAGAUCCAAGCUGUCCAGAAGGAGAACAGCCCAGAUGAGAAUCUAACCUGAAAAACACCCUCCACCUCAUCCAUCUGCCAACAGGAUCAAGAUUGCUGAUUCUGUCCCAAGAGUCCCCAUGUUAACGUCCGAUCUCUCACACCAUCUGCUGCCCCAGCUGUCUGCUCCAUGGAAGGAUCCGUCUCGAUUUACACCUUCACGGGGGAAACUCAUUUCUGUUUGUAGCUGCAAAAGCCUGGUCCCGCCUGGGCAGGAUUUCUUGGGUGCAUGUGAUCUUCUGCCCAUCCCCUCAUGGGUGACCUUCAUGUCACACAAUCUAUAACGCUCCGGAAACGUUCCUUUUGGAGGGGAGGGAGCAAAGAGGAUAGUUUUGGUUAAAAGCUGGUCUUUGAUCUACAGAGGUAGGAGUGUUGGAAGGUUCAGAGGUGGGAAAUCAGGAGGAAUUGCUUCCACGUGAAGGGAAAGUGAUAGUUUAGUUAUGGGGAUUUCCUAACUUAUUCACGUUUCUACAAAAGAUGGCAGGGUGAAAUCAGGUGCCAGUAGUUUAAGAUUAUAUUUAUAAAGUAUUUAUUUCUAUUUACUUCAUAGAAUCCCAUAAAUUGGGUCCUUGCCCCUGAACAACGCCUCCCCUGGGCAGGGGAGAGCCUUGGCGGUAGGCUGGUGUGAAGGCCAUCCUGGGACCUCUCUCAGAGACACCUUCCCUGGGAGAGGUGGCAAACUGGAAGGCUCGUACCCCCAUGGUGCAGAUGUGCCUAGUGGCUGCAGAGCUAUCGCCUCCUGCCCCCCAUCCUUUCCCCCAACCCUCUGCUUUGCCCUCCAGAACUUAAACUACUUUUCCCUUGAGCCGUGACGGGACACUGCACUGUCUUCCCAAACGAGGCAAUUCCUACCUGCCCCAUCUACCUCUGGAGGGGGGAUCUAUGCCAUUUAGGAUGGCCAGGGCACCCACACUCGCACAGACAAGUCAACCCCCAUGGGGCACCCUGCCCUGUGGGAGAGUUGCACGUCGGUGCGGGUGUGCGGCAUGUACGUGCGCGUGUGUGUGCUGAGGGUGAGUGUGGUUUGGCUUCUUUUCUGCCCAGUGCCUGAAAUCCAGUCCCGCUGUGCUUGGUGACUGCAGCCAGAUGAGUGCUGGAGGGCCAGGGCCCAGGUUGGCUCUCGCAGAGCUAUGGCUGGGAGACAGGGCAGGGCCCUGACCCCGCUUCUCCCUGCUUUGGGAAAAGGAGGGCUCUGAAAUGCUGGCUCUGGGGACAGCUCUGCUGGUCAGCUCGCAAAGGGGUGUUGUUCCGGUCCUGAGGAGAGGCAGCUGCAUGCGGGCUCUCACUGUUUCUGGCAAAGAACCAAAAGUGAGUGAGCCAUCCUUGCCAUCUUGUCCUGGGCUGGGCCUGGGAACCCUGGAGCGCUUCCCCCCCUUUACCGCAGGACGCAUACCUGUCCAUCAGGGCUGCCUGGGGUCCUCAGGCCAUGGCCUCCUGCCAGUUGGCUGGGGAUGCUGAGGGAGAGGCUGGGACAGUCCCAUCUCUGCAGACAAUGACAGGGAGCACAUAGGUUUGGGUGGCUGUUUUCAAAGCUAGAUGGGAAAGUUCCCUGGGAGCUGGGCUUCAGAACAGCCAUCUCAACCCAGGUGGUUCCUCACUGCCCUUUUCUGAAAGGGUUUUUAUGUCCCUUCUCUUUCUUGCAGGAAGAAUAGGCUUGAAGCAGAUUGAAUGGGCAGCAGAGAGAAUGGUGUGGGGCUUUGGGGUGAGGACGGUGGGGAGGAGAGAGAGAUUGUGGCUUCUUUUUACUUUUGUAGCCGACAUUUUCUUAAUUCUCUUCCCCUGUUCCAAAAGUGAACUCCCACCUUCUUCCCCACCCCGUCUCUGUAGAUGACUUAAUCUGCUGCUGUAGAAUAGCUGUGCUAGCGUGGGAGACCUUCCCACAGCAGAGAUGGCUUCACUAAUAAGGUCUUCUCCUCCCUAGCAAAGACCUCACCCACCCGAUGACCUGGCUGUCACAUUUCUCACGUCCCUGCAGCAGCAGCUCUCUUUGUCUUGUUUGUCAGUUGUUUCACCAAUUGGGGGACGCUUUCCUUCAGGGCUCCCCGAGCAGCUGGUUGUGUCCCGUGCAACUCCAGGCAGGAACACGGGCAUCUUUCUCCGCACGUCUCCUGGGUCCUUUGCAGGGCCCCGCUUUGCUGUCACGCAUUCACAGCUGACCUUAAUUUGCACAGCACGGCUGCGCCUUGGUUCUCUGUGGCACGUCUCCACGCUGUCUGUUGUGUGUUGAAUGCUGUGUGUGGUUCUGAGUGGAGGUGGUCUCUCCAUGCUGUUUUCUCCUUUUUAAGCUUGUGUUGUGGAGGCAAGGACAUGUAGGACAGGGGUGGCAGGGGACUGAAGACAUCACAUGCAUACAGAGGCUUGCAAAGCCCUCCUUGUUGCUGUGCUGUGGUGUGAGCUGGGGCUCUGUGGCAACCCCAUGCAGCUGCCCUGGCCCCAGCCUCCUCUCCACUCAAAGGGACCAUGUGUGUCCAGGCACCGUUUAGCUUGGCUCUUGUCAUGCAAAGCUUUUUGGUUUUCUUCCUGAGCCCUUUUUGGUUGUGCCCAGCCUCACUCUGGCACCUCAGACAUUUCAUUCCCUCUCACAGAUCUGAAGUCACCACGGGGCUCAACCCCACGCUCCCUCUGUGUUCCCCUUUUCUGUGCCAUUCCUGCUCUCCCAGGCAGGCAGCAGCUUCAUCAUCCAGGAAAAGCUCUCAAUUUAGCCUUUUCCCUUAUAGUCAGUUUUAGAUACCUGGAGGUCGAUUUGUGUCCUUUAACGAAGGAGAAAUGCCUGCCUGUGGCCCUGUGGGUGACGAAAGGGCUUAAGCCACCCUGACUGGAGCAGAGCUCAGACUGCGAGCUAAGCAUAGGCACAGUCUUUGCUGAACAGGGCUCGGCUGCUAAAUUCAGAUUUCAGAUAAAGCAUCCCUCCCCUUAGAAACAUAAUUGGCCUUAAAUCCUCAGGGGAGGGUAGCAAGGCUUUCCUUCUCCAUGUCCUGUCCUCUCCUGCUCACUAGCCAAAACUGCUCUUAAAGAGCUGAUCUGCCUCCAGGCAGCCGUGACCAUAGCAGCACAUGGUAGUUUCUGUUGUGGGCUUCUUUAACACCUACCAAUUCCCCCCACAACAGUCCUCCUGCCUUCACGGGGCUUUGCAUCAGGCCCUUGGCAAAGACCAGUUGGUAUAAGCCCAAAUUUUAACAUCACUUACAGCCACAGGCUGGUUAAUUGAGACACCAGGUUCCCCAGCGGAGAGGAGAAGGCUCUUCUAGGGUGAAGGCAGCUUCUAGUGGAGACUGUGCCUUCCUAUGGAGACAGGAUCUGUGUCUGCCAGGGACCAGACAUGGAUUCACUGGAGAUGUCAGGAGUACCAGUGCCAGUGCUGCGUUCUCUAGGGCAGCUGCCUGGAGAAAGGGGCUGUCAGCAGUCCUUGGGAGGGAUCGUGGGUGGGAUCGUGCCUCAGGUCUGUGAUCCUGAGGCACAUGACCUGGGUGUGGAGAAAAGCCUGGUUUCACCCAGUCAGAGCUGAAGUGUGCCUGAGGCCAGCAAACCUGCAGAGCACACAACUCAGCUAGAUGAGGGAACCAGGGCCCAAUCCAAGACCUGCUGAGGUCAAGAGGAAUUUUUUCCAUUGACCAUACUUGGCUCUGGAGUGGGCCCUAGCUGAAAAGAUCUGCUGUUGAGGAGUUAAGAAGAAAUGCCUACUCACAGGAUGCCUUUGGCUUCACUGUAAAAUGCCCCAACACCUGCAAAGCGCAGCUCACAAGGGCUAUUUUUAUCAUAUUACCAGUUAUGUGGCUUCUCUCUUGCUGUCACCACAUGCUUUCCUAAAUUUCUCAGCCCUGCUGUGGAGCCCACUCUCCACCCCCAGAAACUCAAGGUCCAAUUCACACCCCUGCCCACAGAGAAGUGCAGAAUUAACACCGUUCAUCUCCUUUAUGAAACAGGAAGUCCACAUUUAGGCACAACUUUUAGCCCCCAUCAGAACAAAGGCAUGGAAAUUUCAUGAGAAGAGCAAGGGGAACUGACCCAGCAAUCCCGUUGUAGGUGAUCUCAGGGAGAGGGAUUGGAAAAGCUGCUAACAGCUGAGGGCUGAGCUGGCCACUUGGAAGGAUGAUCACUGCUGAGCUUGACAGAGCCAGCCUGGGGAAACUCAGGCCUGUGAGACGCAAUGGUGUCACUCGGGUUAGCCGUGAUGUGUAGGAAGCGAGGGUGAGAGGCAGCUUCAUGGCACAAGCGUCACUGGCUGCUCCUCGGCCAGUGCAGCCAAUUCUCUGACUGGUUUUUGUCACCCAAAGGCCCAAGGUGGGGCCUCUGCCUGAGACGACUGUUGGGACAAACGCAAGGCGCAGGGGGCUGCCCAGGCUGCUGCUGCAGAUGGGCCGCUCGUCUGGGCAGCUGCACAGAAGUGAACAGAAGAGGUUGGCUGCGGUGGAAGACACCCGCAUGGCGGUCCUGGCCCCUCCUGGUAAGGCAGAGGCACGUCAGCACCCCCAAACAGCACCGGCCCGUCGGUCUCGCAGCCUGGUACGCUCUUGCGCCUCCGUCUCGUGCUCGACGAGCCGUACGAAGGAAUUCCUCGCUGUUCACGAGAUGCGACUUGUAUAAGAUCCUACUGUGAACGAAGGAGGUUGCGGUUAAUUUAAUUUCGUUUCUUUUUCUUUGCCUGUGCUUCCAUGACCGGGUUCGUCCAGUCGGUUCUUCCUGCGCUGCCACCCCCGCGUGCGGGAGACCGUUUCUCUUGCUUGUACAUACGUGAUUGCUGUGCGCGCACCCUGCCGCCGUACGGCCGCAGAAACACUGAAGUAACGAGUCUAGUUUUCUUGAUGUCUUAAAACUAUGAGUGUUGGAGCUUAGGGUCUUAAACUGUCUGUGUACACUUGAGGCAUUGUUCAGUUAAGAAAUAAAUGUGGCAUUUAUGCAAAUACUGCA